CGGGAGCCGCGGCCGGGAGUGAGGCGCAGCGGCGGCGGCGGCAACAAGUGCCCGGAGCUGAGGCGAGAGCCGGAGCCGCCCCGACCCCGCCGGCCGCCCGUCCACGUCGUGCAUGGAGCCACAGCGGCGGCGGUCGCGGGGCUGAGCCGCACGCGCGGCUGGGACGUGGAUGCGGCCGCGGUCUCCCGCCCCGCCCCGCAGACCUGGAGCUGCCCCUGGACAAGAUAUGAGAAAUGAGUGUUGGACGUCGAAGAAUAAAGUUGUUGGGUAUCCUGAUGAUGGCAAAUGUCUUCAUUUAUUUGAUUGUGGAAGUCUCCAAAAACAGUAGCCAAGAAAAAAAUGGAAAGGGGGAAGUAAUAAUACCCAAAGAAAAGUUCUGGAAGACAUCCAGCCCUUCGCGGGCAUACUGGAACAGAGAGCAAGAGAAACUCAACAGGUGGUACAAUCCCAUUCUGAACAGGCUGGCCAACCAGACAGGGGAUGUGUACGCAGCUCCAAACACAAGCCAUCUGGGCUAUUGUGAGCCUGACCCAAGGGUCAUGACAGCUGUGACAGACUUUAAUAACCUGCCGGACAGAUUUAAAGACUUCCUCUUGUAUUUGAGAUGCCGAAACUACUCACUGCUCAUAGAUCAACCGAAGAAAUGUGCAAAGAAACCCUUCUUACUGUUGGCAAUUAAGUCCCUCAUUCCGCAUUUUGCCAGAAGGCAAGCAAUUCGGGAAUCUUGGGGCAGAGAAACCAAUGUGGGGAACCAGACAGUAGUGAGAGUCUUCUUGUUGGGCAAGACGCCCCCAGAGGACAACCACCCUGACCUUUCAGACAUGCUCAAGUUUGAGAGUGAGAAGCACCAGGACAUUCUCAUGUGGAACUAUAGAGAUACUUUCUUCAACCUGUCUCUGAAGGAGGUGCUGUUUCUCCGGUGGGUGAGCACUUCCUGUCCAGAUGUGGAGUUUGUUUUUAAAGGCGAUGACGACGUAUUUGUGAACACUCACCACAUCCUGAAUUACUUGAACAGCUUAUCCAAGAACAAAGCCAAAGAUUUGUUCAUAGGUGAUGUGAUCCACAAUGCUGGGCCUCAUCGGGAUAAGAAACUCAAGUACUAUAUCCCAGAAGUCUUCUACACUGGGGUCUAUCCUCCGUAUGCAGGGGGAGGUGGGUUCCUGUACUCUGGCGCCCUGGCCCUGAGACUGUACAAUGUAACUGACCGGGUCCACCUCUACCCCAUAGAUGAUGUCUAUACUGGAAUGUGCCUUCAGAAACUGGGCCUUGUUCCAGAGAAACACAAAGGCUUCAGGACAUUUGAUAUUGAAGAGAAAAAUAAAAAAAAUAUUUGUUCAUAUAUAGAUCUAAUGUUAGUACAUAGCAGAAAACCUCAAGAGAUGAUUGAUAUUUGGUCUCAGUUGCAGAGUCCUAAUUUAAAAUGCUGAGGUACAUCGGAGCUACAUUUCACACAAAGGCCUAUCCUGACUAGUUCCCAUGUUGUGCUUGCACAGUAGGGUGACUUCUGUAAGAAGCCAUCAGCCUUGAUGAGUAGCGUAGCAUCUGAGCCUCAAGCCCUUAGUCCCACACUUUUGUGGCCAGGGGAAAAGCUGAAGAUAAUUCCCCAUGGCAGUGUGACUGGUUCUGACCCUUCCUCCGGCUGCCAGUCCUCAGUUCCUAGAAUCCAUCACUUUCUUUACGAAAGGAAAGCUACCAUGCAGCACACACAGUUCAUCUCGUCUGGCCUUACGGCCGUGAGAAAGACAAAAGGUUUCCUUUGACUCGUGUUUGGUUUGCUGGGUAGCAUCAUGAUAGUUGAUUUUCGUAUUUGGAAAUCUUGGGUGUGAUUCCUAAUGGCCAACUGAGGACUCAGUAGCCGGACAGCCAUGUGGAUUUGUGAAUGUUCAGCGUGGGUCAGGGAAGCAUUUGUGACUUUUGAACGUGAAAUGAAAAGCUAGGUUUUGGAGACAUUUUCUUAAGUGGGUUGUCAGGUUAAAACUCCAGGAUUCUAUUCUUGCCAUGGUCUCUAUCACGUGUUGCUUAGCCGAAGCUCUUCUGAGUAGUGAUGCUUCCCUGUCUCGGUGUAGAAGUACCUGUGUUUUUAUUUAUUGUUCAGAUCAAAGACCAAAACAUUUUCUUAAAAAUAUUUUGUGUAAUAUUUUAUUUGUAUACAGUGUUGUUUGUGAAAUAUUUAACUAGAGCAUGAUAUUUUAUUUUUUCUCAAUUUAAAUUAGUUUUUUGAGACUUUCAUACAAUGUGUUUUGAUCCAUAUUCCUCCCAGAUCCAGCCCCAGCAUGUUUUAAAUGUUAAGCUGUAACAUAUGUUGAAUAAAGUUAACUCUUAUUUUUGAAUUUUAAAAUUUGGAUUGGGGGGUUAGGACUGCUAGAGUUGAUAAAGUUCUGCCAAAUUGUUGCUUAUACCUUGUAUCUUGUAACAUGCUUUCUUGAAAUAUUUUGUGUUUUAGAGGGUUCUCCUUUGUGCUGUUAGGGACUGGGGGAAAAGCGGAAAUAAAGUGACUGUAUUUUUUAA